GUCAUGUUUCAAACGUGUAAUGUAAGAGUCUGAUAUUUUGGUCACUGUAGCCUUGACUGCCUUACAAGUAAAAGCGAAACUUAUCAUUCUUAAUUUGUACGAUCGAAGACUUGAAAUGUUUCGGAGCUCAUUGCGUUUUGCUUGGUUUUAGUGAUGGCUUUCGUAAAUUCUUUGGAUUACACAAGAACUACAAAGAAAUCGGGCUUCAAGUCGAUCGACUUGGCUAAAGUGGAUUGAAUAGUAUCCUUGUUAAACAAACAAUGAAAAGGUAUCAAACUAUCAAAAAUCUUGGCGAUGGAACCUACGGUUCUGUGAGUUUGGCCAGGAAUUGUGACGGAGAGAACGUCGCCAUAAAACGAAUGAAAAGGAAAUAUUACUCAUGGGAAGAAUGUGUUAAUUUACGGGAAGUGAAAUCGUUGCGGAAACUGAAUCAUGCGAACGUUGUAAAGUUGAAAGAAGUCAUUCGCGAAAAUGAUCAAUUGUAUUUUGUUUUUGAAUACAUGAGGGAAAAUCUUUACCAGAUGAUCAAAAACAGAGAUCGUUAUCUGCCGGAGCAGACCGUAAGAAACAUUAUGUAUCAGAUUUUACAAGGAGUAACUUUUAUGCAUAAACAUGGUUACUUUCAUCGUGACAUCAAACCUGAGAAUUUGUUAUGCAGCGGGCCUGAACAAGUAAAGAUUGCCGAUUUCGGAUUAGCAAGAGAGAUCAGAUCUCGACCACCAUUUACAGACUACGUAUCAACUAGAUGGUAUCGUGCACCGGAAGUGUUGCUAAGAUCAACCAAUUACAGCUCGCCUAUCGAUAUAUGGGCAUGCGGUUGCAUCAUGGCGGAAAUCUACACCUUACGACCGCUGUUUCCUGGCAACAGCGAAAUUGAUGAAAUAUACAAGAUCUGUUCGGUUUUAGGAACGCCCUCCAAGGAAAACUGGCCAGAAGGAUAUAAACUGGCUUCUUCGAUGAACUUCAAAUUUCCUACAAUGGUCAGUACCCCCUUACGUCAAAUCAUUCCACAUGCGACCACUGAAGGAAUUCAUUUAAUUAAAGACAUGUUACUUUGGAACCCACAAAAACGACCAAACGCUGCCCAGAGUCUUCGUUAUCCAUAUUUCAUGGUUGGUGUAGAUUUACCACAGAAUAAACCAAACCCAAAACCUGCCUCCGGAAUAAAAAUCGAUGAUAUCCGACGAAUGAGCGAAACAGGAAAACCUGCUAAACCAAUCCCAAAAAAAGCAAAUGCUUUAAUUGAGAAUUAUGAUUUUGAUGCCGAGUCGAAUCGACAACGACCGAUGAAUGACGGUUCUAUACGACGCAUCACCGAUUCCGGGAAACCGGUGAAUGCAGUUCAGAAAAAAACGAGUUCAAUUUUUGACGAUUUUGAUCUUGAUAUGAUCAAAGAUGAUAUCCGUAGCAAGAAAACGAUUGCUACGAAAAGACAAUCGGACAAAGAUCGGAGUAUUCCGAUCAAGAACGUUGAAUCCGAUAGCUUUUUAGAUUAUGGAGUUAAGAACUUUAGCAAAUCUCGCCGCGAUAGCAGUAAACGGAUAAGCGGACUAGCAGAUGACGAGGAUGUAAAAAAAGUAAUGAAACCCAAAGAUUCGAAACUUUCCUUCUUGGAAAACGUUCCUGGAAAUUCCAAUAAACAAAAUAAUCUCAAAGGAAAUCACGAACCCACGAUUUCGAACAGAAACUUUGGACGUGAAAACUUUCACAGUAAUAUUGCCAGUAAUAGUUUGACCAAAGCGACACAACAGAACGGAAGCACUGUUUUUGGUAAUGAAAGAAGAAAAUGGCAGACAUCGUCAAAAUGGUCGAGUAACGAAAACGUCUUUGACGAUUUUAUGGACGAUAUUGUAAAUACCAAUUAUAAGACACCGUCAAAGAGUCAAGCAAAAAAACGUCGCGAUAGUCACUUCGAAAAUGUUUUUGGUGGUACUUCGCUCAAAGAAACCGAAUCACACCGCCGAAAUCUCCCCAGCGCUAAAGAGCAUUACAUGAGGCAAGCGAGAUACUUCCCCGGUCAAAGUCCGGCCUCAGCUGCCGGGAGCAAAUUGCCGGUAACUAAACGAUCUUCAAUCGGAAUGGGUUUAAGUCCAUCCUACCUUUCACAGUUUCAUAAUCAGUCGAGACUUGGUGGCGGCAUCUCACUUGCUGGAACUUCCGGUACUUCUGUAGGGGUGGGAGGCUAUUGGAAACCGUCUUUAGGUCGACAACCAAGCGGACCUGUGUACCAGCCACCUGGUGCAGCCAAGCCUGGAAAAGUUGGCGGCGCAGUACAUGGUCGAACAGACUGGAGUCUAAAGUAUGGUGGUGGUCGAUAAUUCCAAUCUCAGCGGAAUGACUCGUAUAGAGACAUGUCAAUAACUUACUUCAAUUCACUUGUACAAAUACGUCAUAUAAAUAUAAAUAUAAAUGAUCACCACACAUGACGAGCGAGUUGAACGCUGACUGCCCAUCCACAUUUCAAACUGACAUUGUUAGAAAGUAAAUAUAGUCUAUUUAUAUUUAUUUAUUUAUUGCAUAUCCCGCGUUGGUUGCAAUAAAUGGUUUGGAUGGAUAGUCAUUGACACUAUCCCCAGUCCAUUUUAAUCACCACCCAACGUGGCACUUCUUUAGGUAACUUGUCCAUUAGUUAAAAUGAGUUUUCUACGUCACAAUCCAAUUUAGUAAAAUUACAUUGUAUUGGAUUCAAUUAUUGAAUCAUAUUAA